GUUGCAACAACAUGAACUAAUAUUGUUUCAGCUUGGUGGACAGUUUGGAUACAUCUUUUUAGAGAACAUGCUGUUGCCUUCAUUAGAUGAACCUCGUCUUUGGAAACAUGGAAAGCCACUGCUGAUGUUUGAGCAUCGCCACACAAGACUCCAAAGGUGUAAAAUGUAAGCCAAAAAGGAAAUGCACAGAAUUGAAGUAUUUUUUACUGAGGAAAACUCUUAUAGAGAAGUGUCUUUUUUUUUUUUUUGAGCAAAUUUAUGAUGAUUGCAAGAAGUGUAGAUAUUCUAGUUUUGUGUACUUUGACGUAAUAAAACACAUCUUCAACUUCUUGUGACUGAGUUGAGCCAGGGGAAUAAUGGAUGGCAUGAGUACUUUAGCAUCCUUUGUGAACAACGGCACAGGACCCUACCACAGCCCCGCAGGACCCUGGAGUCUCAUCAUUCUGGUCAUCAUCAUACUGACCAUAGUGGUGGGAAACUUGUUGGUCAUCAUAGCUGUGGCUCGCACUUCACAGCUACAGACGACGACAAACAUCUUCAUCAUGUCUCUAGCGUGUGCAGACCUCAUCAUGGGGGUCCUUGUGGUGCCUCUUGGUGCCACUAUUGUGGUGACGGGCAACUGGAAGCUGAGUAAAACGUUCUGUGAGUUCUGGACUUCUGUGGACGUCUUGUGUGUGACAGCGAGUAUUGAGACGCUCUGUGUCAUAGCAGUGGAUCGGUAUAUAGCCAUUACCAGGCCGCUGAGACACCAGGUUUUACUCAAUAAGUGGCGUGCAAGGGUAAUAGUUUGUUUGGUUUGGGUUGUGUCUGCCUUAAUUUCCUUUGUACCAAUUAUGAAAGGUUACUGGCGUGCAGACGGCGACCCUGAAGCGGAUCAAUGCUAUAAUGACCCUGCAUGCUGUGAUUUUUUGACCACCAGGGCCUUUGCCAUUAUAUCAUCUAUAGUGUCUUUUUACAUUCCACUGCUCAUAAUGAUAUUUGUGUAUGCAAAAGUCUUUCUAAUAGCGAAGCGGCAAGUACAGCUUAUAGAUAAGAAUCGUAUGCGUUUCCAGAAUGAGUAUCCGACAAUGCAGAUGCAAGUUGGCCCCCACAUUAAUGAUGUCCUGCCUUCAGCAUGUGUGGCCUCCAGCAGCUGCAACAAUGUAGCGCGGAGGAAGAGCGUCAAGCGAAGGCCGUCUCGGCUGAUGCUUGUCAAGGAGCAGAAGGCCCUCAAGACUUUGGGUAUCAUCAUGGGGACCUUCACGGUGUGCUGGCUGCCGUUCUUUGUUGCAAACAUCAUCAACGUUUUUAACAGAGAUAUUCCGUCAAAAAAGAUCUUCAGACUGUUAAACUGGCUGGGUUAUAUCAACUCUGGUCUCAAUCCUAUCAUCUACUGCAGGAGUCCAGAGUUUCGUACUGCUUUCAAGAACCUGCUGGGUUGCCCGUGGCUGUCCACCCUGCAGCUCAAUACUUUCUAUAAAGAGCUGCGGAGUCGCUGCUCCUGCUUUCUGUGGCAGGCUGAGUCAGGCACGGCAGGCUCUUUCCAAAAACCUCCGACAGGCAGGAAAGAGGGCAAUGACAGCCUGGCCAGCACUCAGGGAAGCAGCAGAAGUGAGGAGGCUUCCGUUGGUCCUGUCCAGUCCAAUGGCAGCCCACAGUUCAGUGACUUCUCAGAGCCAGAGACUGAAUUCUACACAUUGCAGGAAAAAGACGGAUGAGAACUGUAAAAUGUCGAGCUACUGAAGGAAACUAUGUUCUUCAGCCGUUACUGUGAAUCCUGCAAAAGGCUGAGACCAAGCA